GUUCUACGGUCUCAGCCGAUGUCGAUCUCGGCUGUGCAAGUCUCCGGCUACGAUCUGAAGCGUGGACCCGAGAGGCGAGAGUAACCGGGGCGAAACGAGAGGGGAGGAUCUGCUACCCGCCACGUUCGUUCUGAUGCGCUCCGACGCGCAAGGAUACAGCUUCGGAAGAAGAGGAGAAGAGAGAAGAGCGCGCCUCCUCUACCGCCGACUCUAGGCCUGUCUGGCUGUGCGACCGAUCGGGAGGACGGGCCAACCGGGCCGUCUGUCUGGCCCUUCGACACGCGCUGCGUCGACAGGCUGGCCGACCAGCCGCCGCAUCGUUUUCCAACCACGUCUCCUAGCUACACACUACAGAGAGCUCGGGACGCCGAGCAAAAGUGUGUACCGUUCAAACGGACUGGAAUAGCCCGAUCGGCGUGUCGGGUGUAUUUUAAGGGCUGUUACACCGCGGCGACGAGGACAGGUAAACCGGGAAAACGUGGAACGAACGAACGAAGGAGGAGGAGGAGGAGGAGAAGCUCGGGGCACAAUGCGGCGUAGGGCCGCGGGAACGUCAACCAGCGCAGCCCGCGGGUUACCUACGCUCCCGGUCAUCCUGCGAAUCAGCUGCGUCCUUGCCCUACUGGUCGUCACGUGGAUACCGGUCACCCAGGCUGUGAUUUGCAAAGAUCCGAUCAAAUGCAACUGCACCGACAUAAAGGGUGUUCCCGGCACUCCUGGGAUACCUGGACUACGUGGACAGGAAGGACCUCCGGGUGAAAUCGGUCCCGUUGGUCCAUCCGGUCCGAAGGGUGAAAAGGGUGCCAGCGGCGAAUAUGGCGCUACUGGAGAAAAGGGCUACAGAAUGUCUCUUAAUUGCUUUCACAGUUCGUACUCGUUCCCAUGAAUGCCUAAAUUAUUC